AUGAAGGGGCUACGCUGGCUGGUGCUGCUGAUCGUGUCCGCGAUCUGGCUACACGCGAUCCCGGAGAUCUCGGCCAGGGGCUGUGGCUCCCGGCUGCGACUGCGAUCCACUGAGCCGCAGAUCGAUCUCAGUGGGCUGAGUUCAGGGCAGCUGCAGAAACUGGCCCAGCAGCUGGCCAUCUUGCAGGCCAAGGACGAGGAUAAGAACGAGGAUGAAAACGAGGAGGCUGCUCAGGAGCAGGAUGAUCAGGCGGUGGACUACGCGGAAGAUCACAGGGGCAGCAGUCGUCCCUGGAACAGAGUCCAGCGCAUUAUUCGGCGGCAGCUGGUGAAGAUACCCAAGCGAUAUCUGCGGAAGAUCCUGCGGCAGUUCGGAUUGGCCAGGAGCAUCGACGGUGUCGCGCAGGCCGAACUGCAGGAGUACUACCUGAUACCAUUGGAGUGA